AUGAAGGAUGCUCUAAUUGCGUCAAUUGCAACCUUCCAUAUGAAGAAGAUCAUCACCUCUGACCCAGUCAAGUUUCAUCACAAUGGUUCGAUUCCGGAGUCAAUGUACCGAAGUGUUACCCCACACAGUAAGGUGAUGGCCGACUAUAGCAAGAUUCAUCCCACAAAGUCGGGAGUUCUAACUACCGAACAACAAGCUGCUUUAGAUGCUCUUGACAAGCCGAGUAACCGAGGCAAACGGGUGACUACUAAGAAGGAGACAACAGAGCAUAAACCCUCUAUUCCUUCCAAAAGCAAGAAGCGAAAGUCAGAUACCGAAAGUUCUUCUAAGCCAAUGAAGAUCAAACGAAUGGCACGAAAACCUAAGAGUCCAUCUACUUUACAAUCUGACAACGAAGAUGAUGAAGAAGCCGCAUCUCCACAUGUGUCUCCAAGAGGUGAUACUCCACCUAGAUCUCCUUCCCUAACUCAAGAAGUUAACAUUCCAACUCCACCACCAUCACGAAAACAAUCCCCUCCUAAACCCGAAGAUGUUAAAAUUCCAACUCCACCCCCUUCACCAAAACAAACAACCCCACCACCGAAACAGCCAACUCCAACACCGACACCGAAAGUUCUAGUUUCGGUUAUUCCCACUACUACAACCGAAACUUCUCUACCACCUCCACCUGUAUCUUCUCUUUCUAUUUCCAUAACACCUUUCUCUACUCCAAUCAUUACCCCAUUCACAACCACUACAAUCCCUGAACAAACAACAAGGGUCAACGUAUCUAAUACGGGGGCACCUACUGUAUCCGACACCCCUGUCAUCACUAUACCUCCAUCGCCAACCCAAUCAACCGGAUCCGGUGCUACUCUUGGAGGCGACAAUGAUGAGUAUGUCUCCACAUACUUUAGUCCCUAUCGGUUACAAUCUGAUGAAGAUACUGAAGCUCCAAUCAACCACCAACACUUAGCCAGUAUUCAUGAAAAGUUGGAUAAAUUGCUUGCUGAUACUCAAGCCUAUGGAGGAGUUGUUCUUAAAGCUUUUGUGGAGACAGCUAUAGAGCAAUAUAAAAAAAAAACUAUAGAUAAAUCAACCGAUGCCAUCAAAGAAUCGACUUCAGUUUGCCAGAAAGCUUCUGCUGAUGUGACUGAAGUUAUUCGCACCACACAUAUCUUCUUAGAUUCUUUGAAAGGUCAUGCGGAUACAAAUUCUGCUACACUUCGUGAAUCGGUUGCCUCUCUUUCUCGGUCUUUAAAGGAAGAACAUAAGAAGUUUGAAGAAGUUCGUUCCUCGAUACAAGUUGAUAAUGCCUCUCUCAUUAGUUUGGUUUCCUCCAAACUGGACUCUCUACAUGCAGAUAUUUCCAAUGAGGGUGCACUAAAAGAAGAAAUUGCAAGACAAGCCUCUACAAUCGCAGUUCAGCAUGUGCAGCUUGCUCAGGUAGAGAAGGAGAUUUCAUUGUUGAAAACCGAAAGAGCUGUCUUUCGUAGUUGUGCCAACGAUGUUAAGGACAUGUUGACCAACAUACUUGGUGCUGAUGAUCCGAUUCUGACUCUCACCAUUCACAAUCAUCUCCAACCAAACUUCUUCCCGCCCUUGCUAUUCUUCAUGAAAUGA